GGGGCGCUCCCGCUGGCCUCGAAAAUGGCUGAUCGGUUGCUGGAAAGGUUUCCGUGGACCGCACCACCUGACUCGGGGGGAGCUCGCCUGAUCGUGGCGUUGGUUGGGCCCUAGCAGAAUCAAGUGUUCGAGUUUGCAUUGUAUUGUAUUUGUUGUGAUGUUUCGAGUCUUUCCCACUCAGUGAACCAAGACGGAGGCGGGGGUCAGUCGCUGACCCGGGCUCAGUAUAAGACUCCUGGCCUUGUGUCACUUCCGGGUCCCAGGAGGAAGUGGGUUGGUUGACUGGGCAACCGCCUGGCGUCCCUUUACCUCUGUGUUUCUCCACCACCAAGUUUAAAUAAUGAGGUCAGAUUCACCCUUUGUGGGCAAAGAAAGUCAGGAUGGGGAACCUUUGUAUCUGUGAGUGUCGCUUAUCAUCCACCUUUUACUUGCUACUAGGACAGAAGUUUAAAUGUGACGUUUUUCGUUUAACAACCCUAAUCAAGGAACAGACCUUAGAUGUAAUGUGGAGAUAACCAUACGGACAUUAAAGAGAACUUCUUGGAUCCAUUGUCUUUUACUAGACACACCACUAAUUUUGUGACUUAAGGAAUCGCCUCUGGGAUGACAUUUUCUGGCCCAUAGCAUGUUGGAGCACUUGGGUGUCUCUUUUUCAGUCUGUAAACUUGUUUUCUGAACCCAUCUGAGUGAUAGGGCUAAUCUUUGUUUGGGAAAAUAGAAUACUAAUUCCUUACUGUAUGCCAGUCGCUGCCACAGGUCCAGAAUAUAUGAAGCAAAAACUAGAUAUAAUUUGCAAUGUUUAACUUUGUUAAUUGGUUGGAGAAUAUUUUGUUCUAAAGCCAGCUAUUUCAAGAAUACAUCCAUGUUCUCACAAUACAUAGAAACAUUAAAGGAAAUUGAUGAUGUCUAUGAAAAAUAUAAGAAAGAAGAUGAUUCAAACCAGAAAAAACGCCUACAGCAGCAUCUCCAGAGAGCACUGAUAAAUAGUCAAGAAUUGGGAGAUGAGAAAAUUCAGAUUGUCACACAAAUGCUUGAAUUGGUAGAAAAUCGAGCAAGACAAAUGGAAUUGCAUUCACAGUGUCUUCAAGAUCCUGCUGAAAGUGAACGAGCCUCAGAUAAGGCAAAGAUGGAUUCUAGCCAACCAGAAAGAUCUUCGAGAAGACCUCGCCGACAGCGAACCAGUGAAAGCCGUGAUUUAUGUCACAUGACAAAUGGGAUUGAAGACUGUGAUGAUCAGCCACCUAAAGAAAAGAAAUCCAAGUCAGCCAAGAAAAAGAAACGUUCUAAGGCUAAGCAAGAAAGAGAAGCUUCACCUGUUGAGUUUGCAAUAGAUCCCAAUGAACCUACGUACUGUUUAUGUAACCAAGUGUCUUAUGGGGAAAUGAUAGGAUGUGACAAUGAACAGUGUCCAAUUGAAUGGUUUCACUUUUCAUGUGUUUCACUUACAUAUAAACCAAAGGGGAAAUGGUAUUGCCCAAAAUGCAGGGGAGAUAAUGAAAAAACAAUGGACAAAAGUACUGAAAAGACAAAAAAAGAGAGAAGAUCGAGGUAGUAAAGGCCAUCCAUAUUUUAAAGGGUUGUCUUUUAUAUAAUUCAUUUACUUUCAGAAAAUGUUUUAGGAUAAAUGCAUAAGACUAUGCAAUAAUUUUUAAUCAUUAGUAUUAAUGGUGUAUUAAAAGUUGUUGUUCUUUGUCUGUGACCUUAAUUUUCUGCACUGAAUUACCAAAUAUUUUAAACCAGGUAAUCUUCAGAUCACCUGAUGAAAGGAACAGGGAAUAGGGAAAGAGGAGUGUGAACAUUAUAAAAACUUCACAAACCAUGCCUAUUUCAUUUCUGCUUAAAACUUCAGUACUACUUUUUGGGUAAACACAAACAUUUUGCUAGAAGUUUGGUUCUGUGUACUUAAAAAAUUUAGGUGUACUUGUAUUUCUCUAUAAACAUCAAGUUAUCUUGGGUAAUUUAAAAUGUGACCACUAUUAAGAGCUUCUUUUUCCCUAGUCCUUUUUAUACAUACGCUUGUUAAUCUCUAGUCUUCCAGAAUUUUGAGAAACUAGAGAUAGAAUUAUUUGGGAUUCCAUGUGGAAUAACGUGCUCUUACUAGAGUAUUUGCUGCUGUAUUUUCCUUAGUAGCAUUUUGAUACACUGUUAGUACACCAUUUGUAAAUGCCUUGCUGCUUCCUCAAAAUACAUACAUUUAAUUUAGUGUUUAUUAAGGGAGUUAUUUUGGGUUUAAAUUGGGACAGGUAAGAGUAGUUAGGACACCAAAAUGCUGCCAUUGACUUAAUAUUGGCAAAAUUUAUUUUAUAUAGUAUCAUGGUUUAAGGCUGAUCGAUUUUCAUGCAUCUUCAUCUUUUUCAUGUCACUCACUGAUGGGAUGCUUAGCUGCAGGCCUCUCGGUGGAAAAAGGACAUAUACUGAUCUUUAAAAUACUGCCUUUAGGUCAAACAGUUGCUUUAAAAAGUUCUACUAGGGGAUAUGAUUCAUUUCUGUCCCAAUCAGUGAUUAUACAUUAUUUUAAAUAAUAGCGUAUUUAUCUUCUUAACUUUCUGGUAUUAGUGCUGUUUGAUGUUUUUCAUGUUUAAUGAACUAAUUUCACUAUAACAAUGAUUUAAUAAUGUAUUUGUAAAUUGAAUUUUCCAAGAUUCUAGUGUUUUAAGGAUAAGCAUCUUGAUGGAUAAAUGUCCGUAUGUUUGGAGCACUUUCUGGUUUUGGGGAGUCAGCAGAUUAGUCCUUUAACUCUAUGUAUAACAGACUUUUUAUUCCUCAUUUCUUCCUAAUCUAAUGAUCUCGAUUUUUUAAUUAUUAACAUUGGAAAAGUCCUGUCUGCUUGUUUGGGAAAAAAAUUGUUUUUUCUCUCCUGGCUCUCCUGUGUGACUUUCGGGUGUGACAUUUCACCUUGUCUGAGUGUCAGGUCAUUAUCCUAUAAAAUGAAUUGGCUUAUAUAUCUCCAAAGUCUUUUUGA